AUGUCCAACCCGAUAUACUUCAGUCGUUUUUUAGUCACAAACCAAGUGUUUUACAUAUCGAAGCAUUCUUAUGCCUUAGUGAACUUGAAACCUAUAACUCCAGGCCAUAUUUUGAUCGUUCCUUUGCGAACGAGUGUAGUGAAUCUUGCAGAUUUAACUACGGAGGAGAAUGCCGAUUAUUUCAAGACCUUACAACUUGUUCAUCGGUUCAUUAAGCACCACUACAAAGCAGACUCCCUGAAUAUCGCGGUACAAGAUGGGCCCGAAGCUGGACAAACAGUUCCACAUUUGCACACGCACGUUAUUCCACGCUACAGAAUUCAUAAUAUCGGGGAUAAAAUCUACGAGUUGCUUGACGACUGGAGAAUUGAUGAUUGGCCAAACCGGCGACUUGAAUACAUGCAGCUGGGUGGUCGAGACGGACUGAAAAAAUUGGCCAAACCUGACGAACAGCGUGUAGAGCGUACGUCGGAAUCAAUGUCAAAAGAAGCUCAAGAAUUGGCCGAGAGUCUGCGCAAAUUUAUGGAAGCAAACUCUGAGUUUUGA